AAUAAGCGUGUGCAGAUACUUUUAGUUUUUAAAGGACAAAGGACAUUGUUUUCAGUAUGAAGCAUGAAGUUGUAACAUGUGAUUUCAGCCAAUGAGAGGGAAAGGUUUGUGUAUUAAACAGAUUUCCCGAGAUCUUAGGAGAAAUAUUCUCUAAAUGUGUGUCCCCUGUGAGUGUUGUCUAAUUAAAGAGAUAUAAUGAAAUUCUAUCAAAAGUUUAAUUACUACAAAUCUUCACACCCUCACUUCCUCUUUCAUAUUCAUAAACACUGUGUCUCUUCACAUACAAAUAUACGCUCCAUGGCUGCACAGAAUAUUAAAGUAAGAGUCGAUUGCAGUGUUUGCAUUUGCAUUUUAGUGACACCGGUCAAGCUGUCUGAUCUAUGACAUUUGCAGUGAAAACAUAAACUCCCCACCGCACUGUCAGUGAUACGCAUGGUGGGCUACAUUCCUUGUAUGAAAAGCCAGUACAACGAGCACCGGCUGUCAGUUGACAUUCAGCCUUGAAGAAUCCUGUGGCCUGCACUGUUGCACCGCUACAGGAAACAAUCAGUGCUUUCUCCCGGUUGUAGGGAAUCUCUCUCACCUUCGGGGCCCUGCAUGCUGCCUGUUAACACCUGUGCGUAAGUGCUUUAAUUGGUUGCCUGGCCCUCUUGGUGCAGCUGCAGUGCAGUAUUAAUCCACUGGAUGGCAGUGUUUCCUCAUGGUUCACAUUGGCUCUGCCAUGGACUUCUGCAAACACACAAUCUCUGUAAUGUUGGGAGACACUGUGUCACCUCAGUACAACAUUGUUCAAUCAAGGUUUUAAUAAAAAUGGAUCCAUCUUGACUGUUACUGAUAAUGACAGCCCCUUUCUACUCACUCCUAUUUUCAAAAAUCGUUUUGUUACUUACUCUGGCAGCAUGACAAGGCCUGUGAUAAAGUCAAGAGAAACAGUGUGGGGCGUCCACAUUGCACAACAUGAUAAAAAACGAUACUGAUAUUCAGAAAUUCAAUUAGCAUGUUUGCCCUUUUAACGUUAGAAAACAUUCACUGUAACGCCCAUACUGUGGAGCCACGGUAAACACAGGCUUAAGGCUAUCAGUCGAGGUUGGCUGCUUUUACUUGCAGGUGCAAAAGUGCGCUACGAGCGGGACAUGUGGCGCGUCCUUUUCAGCGCCAGCAGGGGGGCUGUGACGCGCGCCACAGAGGUCACAUUUCACACCAAGACGGAGAUUAAAGCUGGAGAGAUGAGAAACUGGCUGGUCUUAUUGUAGCCUAUUGUAUGUGUGGGGCACUCAUUCUUGUUCAGCUUCUAGGUUAUAGAUAGAUUGAGAGAGAGAGAGAGAGAGAGCGAGAGAGAGAGAGAGACUUGAAGUGGAGAAGCACAGAUAGCCAGCCAAUCAGAAAUCCCCCCAGGCGUUUAAAUGGUGGGCAGUCUCUCUGGCUUUAAGAGCGACUUAUUUUACAACCUCCACACAUUCUCACGUCCUGACCUCCCACAGACAACUCACACAGAGCAGAGCGCUUGGAUGAGUAACAGCCCGGUUUGCCCGAGUCGACAUGGAUCUAUCCUGAGUGGCUUUUCUCUCCCUUUUCCUCCAUAUGAGCCGCUGCUGGAUGCUCCUCGCCCUCCCCCCGCCGCACUUGUUGCGCAGAGACUGGAUGCGCCGCUGAGUCCUUGGAGAGGAGAGGCAGGGACGGACUGCAACAGGUGCACACAGAGCAUCUCCGCCAAAGAGGCUGCACCGGAGGUAGGGAAAUUACGCAUCAUUUGGCAGUUUAAGGGUUGAAUAUUUGUUUGGAUAUUUUCACCAAACAACAGAUACUCUAUCCGUGGGGAUUUCAUUGAUGGAUGAUUUAGAUUCAUUAAUUAACUGUUUUUGAUUUUGUUUUUAUACUUUUUUUUUUUCUUCUUUGGCUUCAAGAUAAAACAAAACUUUAAAUGCUGAUUUGAAUCCUCGGUCGUGAUCAGCCCUCACCGCGCACACAGAGCCAGGAUGCCGGUCCUGACAAGCCCCGACAUCGCUAAUAAGUUUAAGGAGAAAUGGCUGGCGGUCUACCCGGAGGAUCAGGUCACCGGGUCCGACUCUGUCCCCCUUGACGACAGUCUCACCAGCCUCCACUGGCUCCAGAAUUUCUCCAUCCUCAGCGCGGAUCCGGAGCGACCCAACGGCGCUGGCCCGGGCUGCCCGUCCUCCCAGCAGCACCUCUUUCUCAAGCGGCUCGGCUUCCCCAAAGGAGGCACCGACUCUCCGUCCAGCCCUCCGGCCGGGGACACCGCCGCCACCGGGAUGCCGCUUUACCUCGGGAGCCCCGUUACCUCCGGCAGCGACUCCACCGCGGCACCGCGGUUCGCCAGUUGCGCUCAUCCCGCAUCCGGCUACCCACAGAUCCCCAUCCAGGCCAGCCCGCCGGUUGAGGUCGACUACAAAACCAACCCUAAAGUCAAACCGCCCUAUUCUUACGCCUCUCUCAUCUGCAUGGCCAUGCAGGCCAGCAAGCAGCCCAAAGUGACUCUGUCCACCAUCUAUAACUGGAUAACGGAGAAUUUCUGCUACUACAGACACGCGGAGCCCAGCUGGCAGAACUCGAUUCGUCACAACUUGUCCCUCAACAAGUGUUUCAAGAAGGUCCCCAGACAGAAAGACGAGCCGGGGAAAGGAGGCUUCUGGCAGAUUGAUCCUCAGUAUGCUGACAUGUUUGUCAAUGGCAUCUUUAAGCGCAGGAGGAUGUCUGCCAACCACUACAACAGCAGCAGCAGCAGCAGCAGCAGCAGCACACAUAGACAGAGCAAACUGGUUCAGGGUUAUCACAGCACCCAAAAUGGCUGCCCUUACCAAGAGGUGGGCGGCAAACGGAAGCACCUGCCCUCUAAAAUCAGCAACAAGGCGAUGAGGGUGACUGAGUCCCCUCUAUUAGCGACAGAAGCCCACAAAGCAGACAUCCUGAGGGGGGACUUUGACCUGGCGUCCGUGUUCGACGAUGUCCUCAGUGGGAACUGUAGCACCUUCGAGGACUUGGACAUCAACACUGCGCUAAGCUCCCUCGGCUGCGAGAUGGAGGUUUCCAUGCAGGGGAGGCAGCACUCGGCUGGACUCGGGAGGUGGUGUGGGGGAGGGGACCUCAUGGGUCAGAGCCAGCACCUGAGCCACCAUCAGUCCUACGGUUACAUGGACUUGAGCACUGCGUCACUGGAGUGCGCCGUCAACAUGGGAGAGCUGCAGGUGCCGCCGCCGCCGCAGCAGCAGCAUCCUCAGCAGCUGGACCAGGAUCAGCUGCUCCAGAGCCACCACCACCUGCAGCAGUUUGACGAGCCCUCCACGCUGUUCCCGGAGCGGCCUGAGGAGGCGAUGCUGCAGCCCUGGGAGGAGAUCAAAGAAGAGGCGCAGGCGAUUCCUCUUACGCUGGAUCAGGGCUUCGGCCUGUGCGAGGGCUUCUUCACAGAGAUGCAGCCAUGGGAGCGAGUGGAGGCCUACCUGUGACCUUUGACCCCAAACCUCGCAGACUUCUAAUAAUUUACACCUAAUGAUCUAAACAUCUCUGAUUGCUGGUCCGACUCCACAUUACCCCCAAAAGGAUAACACUGGCGACAGAGCUACAGCGCAGUAACUCCUGCAUUUCCUCCAAUCGUCCUGCAAUACGCUGCAGCUGUAACUUAUUUUUUGGAACAUUUACUUAUUUUUUUUGGUUAAAAAUAUAAACGCAAUCAUGUCAAACCUAUCUUGAACCUUGAGCUCCAAACCCAGCUGACAAAGAUGCCCUUAAUAAAAAGACAUCGAUCUGACUAUAAAUCUUGUUGGGUAACGUGAUUAGAGACUAUCUCUUGGCACAGAGCCCCAUUUCUUCCCGAGGAUGUCAGGUGAUUGACAGGAAGCGGUGUGUAACGUGAUGCAGAGCUGGUACAUCAGGCACAAUGAAAUGACAAAACAACAGAGUAACUUCAAUAAACCAAAUUAAAGUUUCAUGCAGACCGAGAAGGGUUAUCUCCCUCCGUCAAAUGGCUUCUUCACGAGGGAGAAACUGUGUGAACAAAAGAGGACAUCCUUUAUGUUGGAUUUUUUUUUUUUUUUUUAUAUAAGAGCUCAAAUACGAGGAGGUCGGUAAUAAGAGAAAUGUGUUCAAACGAGUGCUGAGGUGGCCCUGAACUGUUAAGCUACAGCGAUUUGUCCCCAGUGACAGAAGAAAACCCAACACCCCUCCCUCGAAGCACUCCCUACAAACAAGCACUGUCACAGUGGGUCUCAGAAGACAUACAGGAUACUAUUUUGCUACAUUAGCAUUUAACAUUUUUUUACUAACAUGCAGUGAAAUCAGCCAUUCAUCUCAACUGUGUACUAUGUCGUGUGCUGAGGAAAGACGAAGCUAUCAGAGCAGGACGGACACAAGAAAAACUUUAAAAUUCAUAGUCUGAGAUUAGAAAUCGGUCACUUAUGACUUUGUUAUAUAGUUGAUUUAAUAUAUAUUCACUAAAGUAUAUAGCGUGAAAGCUGGGCAGGAACAUUUGCCAUUUGUCUACAGUUAUGUAUUGCAAAGCAAAAAGAGGAGCCGACCUGAAAUUGAGUCAUGAAAUCGAACAUUAUGCACUUUGAUAGGCAGCAGUUUUAGGAAAGCGAAACAGCUUUUUUUUUUCAGGAUGUUUAGUUUUUAUUUUUUAUGGUAUUAAAAUGGUGUUUUCUGAAGUUUACUGACCAUAAUGAAAAUGAUGCAUAUAUGCUGUAAUUGUCCAUAUCAGUUUCUUUUUGAACAAUGAACUCGACACUGCAAUAAGUUUUAUUUGCUUAAAUAUACAAUUUUUUCUUUCCAAAUGUAUACAGAAGUACGUGGGCAUUUGUUGAUUAUAUUUCGCCAAAUCUGUUGAUAAGGAAUAUGCAGUUCAUCUGUGUUUCUGUGUUGAUUAAUACGAAGAGAGUUGCGCUUUUCUGUCACUGGGUGAUGGAUUUCUUUUUGUCCCUUAUUGAUUACUUUGGUGUAUGUCUUUCUUUUUCUUUUUUUUAUUUGUAUGGUUUGUUUUCGCAAAUCUGAAUUUCAACUCAUGUAUGAGAAUAAUAAGUGCUGGUUUGGGGUGACAAAUGAUGAGGUGAUACAAAUAUUCAACUCUUAAAAAGGCCAGAUUUUCUCAUUGUAUCAUAUUGAUCAAGUUUGAUACGGACUCUUUAAUCUUACCAUAUUAUUUUCAUUUGUACUUUUUUUAAGCUGUUUAAAAAUGCAAUCAUGCCUUGAUGCAAUAAAUGGUGUCAAUUAAAGAAAGAACAGUAACUCAAACACGUA